GCUCACUUUUUCUUUGUUGCUCGUGGGAAACGGAAGCAAGUUGUUCGCUCAUCGUGCCGUCGCUGAUCGAUUGGUGUGAGCAAGUGAGUGGCUGGCAGUGUAAUUGAAAAUUACAUAAUUUUGGAUUGUGUAUCGGUGUUUAAAAGCUUCCCGAACGUAAAAGAAACAAGCGAAAAUGGAUGUUGCUGUGAAGCAAGAAAUUAAUGGGUCCCCGUUGCCGCAGCGUCCACAGCAGCAACCGCAUGGUGGUGGUGGGGGUCCCGGCCCUAUGCAAGGCAAUAAUCAAGCUGGGCCCGAUCAGCACGGCCCAGGCGGCCCGGGCGGACCUGGUGGACCUGGUGGACCGGGUGGACCCGGCGGACCAGGCGGCCCGGGUGGACCGGGUGGACCGGGAAACAAGAAUAUGAACAGAAAUAAUCGCAACAAUAGCAAGAAUCGCCAGAGCAUGCCGAAUCGCAAUCGCGGUCCGGGUGGUAAUGCUGGUGGUGGCGGUGGCAAUCCCAACAAUAACGGUGGUCCCGGAAACAAUCGUCCCGGCAACAACGGAGGAAACCCUCAACAAAUGGGAGGAGAGGAUUUCGGUCCCAAUCAGCACCAGAACCGGGGUGGCAUGCAUCGCGGCAACAACCGCGGAGGAAAUGAUAUGGAUAACAGUUUCGGCGACCGUCGGCGUGGCGGUGAAGCUUAUUUUAUCAACGAGAAGCUUCGCCAGCUGGCCGGACCGCUGUUCGAAAUUCCACCGAUCGAGGCACAGGAUGUGAAAUUUUCUGGCCGCAAUCGGCUGUACGUCGGCAACCUGACCAACGAUGUAACGGAGGAAGAGCUGGUUGAUAUGUUCAAAGUGUACGGCGAGAUCAGCGAAGUGUUCAUGAACAAGGAGAAAAAUUACGCCUUUGUGCGCGUAGAUUAUCUCUCGAAUGCUGAGGCGGCAAAGCGAGGCCUCGACGGUACCACGCGCAAGAACCGUGUGCUACGCGUACGAUUUGCCCCGAAUGCAACAGCGAUCCGCGUCAAAAAUCUGACACCGUACGUCACGAACGAGCUGCUGUACAAAGCAUUCGAAGUGUUCGGACCACUCGAGCGAGCCGUCGUGCAGGUGGAUGAGCGUGGUAAACCGACCGGCGAGGGCAUUGUGGAGUUUAAGAACAAGCCCGGCGCGAUGGCUGCUAUACGAUACUGUACGGAGAAAUGCUAUUUCCUGACCGCGUCACUGCGGCCAGUUAUCGUGGAGCCCUACACGUACCAGGAUGACAACGAUGGGCUGCCGGAAAAGUCGCUCAACAAGAAGCAAAACGACUUCUUGAAGGCACGGCAGCAAGGGCCGCGCUUUGCCGAGCACGGUUCGUUCGAGUUCGAGUAUGGCCAACGCUGGAAGCACAUGCACGAACUGUUCAAGCAGAAGGCCGAAUCGUUGAAGCGCGAGAUGAUCAUGGAGGAGGAAAAGCUCGAAGCACAGAUGGAAUACGCUCGAUAUGAGCAGGAAACAGAGUUGCUGCGAGAGCAACUGCGCCAACGCGAAAUGGACCGCGAUCGUCAGAAGGCUGAGUGGGAAAUGAAGGAGCGCCAAGUGCAGGAGGCCCGUCAACGCAAUGACAUCCAGAUUAAAACGGAACUCGAGGAAAUGACUACCAGAAUCAAACGAUCGGAUGAAGAAUUGCAUCGCAGACAAAAAGAAAACAACAUGUUCAUGCAGAAUCGACAGAUGAACAUCAUCGAUCCCCAGCAACAAAUGAACGAUAUGGGUGGUAUGGGUAGUGGUGGCGAUGGUGGUGGCGGCAGUGGCAUCGAUAACCGCCGUAACUUUGAUAUGAUGAAUCAAGUUGUCGGUGGUGGUGGCGGCGGCGGCGGCGGUGGCGGCAAUGGUAACUUCGGCAACAUGGAACCGACCGUCCGAGAUUACGAUCACGGUCAAAACCGACCAACUCGGUUUGAUGAUGGACCGCAACCGCAGCAGCAACAGCAGCAACAGCAGCAAAUGCAUCAACAGCAACAACAACAGCAGCGUGGAAACAAUUUCGGAGGCAAUCGUAACAAUUGGAUGAACAAUACACCAGAUCGUCGUAACAACAAUGAUGAUUUUCAAAACAAGCGCCGACGCUUUUAAAGACACAUUUCAGUGAAAAAAUUGAUUCAUAGCGUGGUGUAAAAAUCAUCGCUGAUAUUCUCUGUUAUAUGUCUCUUGAGAAAAGAUCAAUACGAUCUUACUCCAUCAAAACGUGCAAGCUCUUAACUACCUGUGCGAGGGACUUCAGAAACUUGUUUACGACUCCUAUCGUAUUCAACAAUUAUUUUCCUUCGUGAAAUGAUUUGACUUUCAAUAUGGAAACAGAGAGCAAAUUUUGACACUUUUAUGUUCAACUAUUCCCAUUGACUUGACUUUAUCCAUCAUUGCGAGUUUUUUAAAUCUCUCACUAUCGUCAGGAUGGUGACGUGUGGAUAGCGUUUGUGAUUACAGGUUUACCAUUUUUCCUUCAGAUAUUUUUCACCAAAUAUAUGUGUCAAUAUCAGUUUGAUUUUAGUAAAAAACUACAAGUCCUCUUUGAAACCAUCAUUUAUUUCUAUAACCAUAAACACUUGAUCUUGAUCUCUUUGGGAUGGAAAAAUGGGUUGUCUUCUUUUCCCGAUGAAUAAUGAAUGUCGCCACUUUUCUAGGCAGAUAGGCAUGUACUACUACCGACGGAAAAGAACCACAAAUAAUUUAGUAUCCUGGACAAACAAUUGUUCGAUAUAAACAAAACAAAUUAGCCAAGUAAGAUAAUAUCCCCAUCGAGGGUAGUAUAAACUUUUAUCAAUCGCUAAGGAAUAAUGUAUGUAUGUAUGACCAUUUUUAAAUUGAUCCUAUAGAAUACACUAACUCAGUGUAACAAAUAAAAGAAAGUAAAUUAACUACUGUACUAUUUAAACAACUUGGAAACAACUUUUGAAAAAAAAAAACAAAUGAUGAAAAUAAUGAACAUUAUGUUAAAAUUGCAGUAUUUGCUUCAUCAAAAUGUAAACCCGGAGAAAAAGAUUCACUUCUCUGUGUAUGUGGUGUAUACUAGUAUAUUAUGUCUAGAUCAAUUCUUAAUACUAACGCUGUGCGGGAUCGUUUUUCUACAUCUAUAUUUCUACUUUAGGAGGUAUUUCUACAUAUUUUUAGAGUGGAUGAGAAGAUCGAACAACUAACUGAUGCUUAAAUAUUUAUUUCUCUUUUUUGUGACAAAUUUCUUCGUUUAAAUAUCCAAUUAGAUGAACAUGCGGCUCCGAGUAAGAUUAGCCUUGACGACAUUUUGACCCAAACGUUUGGGUUCUUAAUUAAGAGCAAAACGUCAAACGGGUCGAAGUGUCGUGUCUGAAAGAAUCGUCGUACCGUCUAUGGCACCCUAACUUGCAAAAUUUAAGACGUUUUAAACAGGCCUAUAAUUAAAAGCAAAGUUUAUAGUGUUAACGAUAUCAUACGAUCACCAAUGAUCAUUUUGCUACGAACAUACUGGCUACACGUUGAGCUAGAACUGAGAAUGAUUUUUUGUGCUUACUUAAACAUUUAACAACCCUAUAAUUCUAUAUGUUUCAUUUAGUGUGUCUGUCCCCUUCCAAUCAUAUAUAGUCAUCAGUCAUCACCCGCCUGAAGAGUUUGUGACAUAACUGGCGUUAACAUUGAUUAAAAUUGAUCAGAUGAAUAAUGUGUUUUUUUUUAAUCAACCUUAAGAUCAGGUUGCAAAGCAAAACUAAUAAUAUAUUACAAACAUACAUCAUUGGAAUACGAAUAUAAGAGAAUAGCAAAUGUAUAAGAACAAUUCUGUGUAUUGUUGUGUUAUUAUUCAAAGGGGAUCCUCUUUGGUAUUUUAAAUGUGGUUGUCCAUUUAUUCAUUUAGUAUUCAUGUUGUGAAUUACCUGAUUCUUAAUUGUACUGAAUUGGGUAGUUUUUAAAUUUAAUUUCAAAUCAAACCGCUUACUUACUACUAACUAAAAACAAAACAAAUGACAAAUUGUCGCUUGUUGAGAUUUGUCAAUUAACGAUUAGCCUUACUACACUUUUUGUUGUUUUAAUUUUGUAGAUGGUGUGUAUUAACGUUCUUAUGUUCUUAUCUGAUUAUUCAUGUCAUUAUUAAAAUCACAUCAUUAGGAUUCAAUUUAUGUUGUUUGACAUUUGUUUCCAUAAUUGAAUGUUAGUAGAGUCUCUGCAUGAAAUCAUUCGUGAUUUUGAUUAAAUUUUUCACAAAUUAUAUACAAAACUAAUCAUGUAAUGAUUUUACCCUUUCAAAAACCUGCACGUAGAUUCGUCUCUAAAUGCAUUUAAGUUUAAAUUACAGGUAGUCCCAGAGAUACGCGGUACCUUUGUAUAUUGGGUACCGUGUGAGGGUGUGAGAUGCGGGGUUUUCUAAAUUUGAGAAAUUUUGCACUGAUUUGAAAAUUGUAAUUGGUUUGACAUGUCAAUUGUCAAAUACUAAAUAAAUGGCAGUUGUUCAAAUUUAUUUAAAACGAAUAUUAGAUAUAUUCCAGCUGGAAACCACGAACUUCGACAUACGAGGCUCCUCCGCAUUUAUAGUCUGCAUUUACAGCAUCGCGUAUCUCGGGGACAACUUGUACAUUUAAAAAAAUAUAUUUACCAAUUGCUUUUGCGAUGCUAUAAAUGUAAAUCUAUUUUGUUGACAUUUCAAGUAUUAGGAUUAGGCAUUGAACAAGUCGCGACCAUGCGUCGUACGUCGUACGUGAUCUUUUCAACUAUUUAAUGUGGUAUUUUUUAUUGGCUUAAACUCUUCAAACUGUCCUCUGUGCAACGCAGCAUAACAUUGGUGUGUAAUAUGAGCUAUUAUUAUAAACACGUUAUUAUACAUAAACACCUUUUUGUCUAUGAUGGGGAAGUUAGUCCGCUUUUGAUCAGCCUCGAAAAUAUGCAAAGACAAUCCUGGAGGAUUGAAAAUCGUUAUUACAAGAAUAGCGUCAUGCCUGCUACUGAAGUUGGAAGUCGUCGUGCGGGACUGUGCUUAACAAUGUUUCUUUAUUGACUUUGUGAAACGAUGAAAGAUCAUUAUCGCUGCUAGUUUAGAACGUCAAAUGAUGGAGCAAAAUAGAGUUCAUACAACGCUUUCGUCUACACGAGGUUAUUGGAUUCAAAAGAACUUGUUUGCCGCAAGUGCGUGAUACGCCUACACCGUCUGCUUCCACAUAUCGUCAAUAUAUCGUCGUGGCUAAGUGAUGAUGCAUUCUCGAUUUUAUGCCGCGUCACAUACGGCAUAAUAUCUAUAUCUUCUCUCAUCUUGUUGCCGCUGGUUGGUGUGUGCCAACGCGUAUGUUUAUAUAGGUAAUAUAAAAAUUAUAUAGUUAAUGCACAAUUUUCACAUCUAUGUUUUAUUAAUUUUAAGCUAAUCGAAUAAGAAUUUCGUUUUAUUUAUUUUAACAGCUAAAACGCUUAAUGAAAACUGGAAAAAAGAGCAGUAAAUAAUAAUACGUAUACUGUUAUAGUUUGCUUGGAAAAUAUUUGAACAUUGAUCGGAUUAUUGAUAGUUUUUAGGAAAACUUCAACGUGUUACCGAUCGUCUAGUUUCUUCGAAUUAAAAAUAUCUAUUGUUUCGUGGCAACUUCUGAUAUGCUCAUUAGGAAACACUUGUGUCGUAUGUAAGGUGUAUAUGACAUCAACUUCGCAUAUGCUACCACCAUGUAGCCCCAAUAUGUUAGAAAUUAACUUGUUCAAGUGACAAAUAAAAAUUGGAUUUCGUAUGACACAAUUCAUACAAACAAAAUAUUUAAACAAUACGAGCUAUUUUACAUGCAUAAAUGUUUUCUUCGAUAUUAUUUUGGCCGAACUUGCCAAGGGGAUCAUUUUACAUUCAUAAAUGAUAUUAUUCGAUAUUAUUUUGGCCGAACUUACCAGGAGGAUCAUUUUUGAAUGAUUUUUACAUAAAAAAGAAUUCUAUUAAUCAAUUCGAUAAAUGUUUCAAGAUUUGCGUGUCCAUGCACUGUUGAUCUUACAUUAAUUUAUAAUAUGCUCAUGAUUGCGCAAAAUGUUCAGAAAUU